AUGGUGGAACUCACAUCUGCGAGCACUGCUUCAGCAAAUAGUCCUGGUGCAGUACUUGUGCCCGUUCCUUUUGAUGGCACUGGUUUUCAUUCCUGGCGUCGUAGUGUGCUUCGAUCCUUAUCAGUGAAGAACAAGCUAGUUUUCAUCAAUGGCGAAUGUAAAAGACCAGACGCGACUCAUUCCACUUAUCGUCAAUGGGUGAGAGGCGAUGAUAUGGUUAUGUCCUGGAUUCUCAAUUCUCUAGGUCGAGACAUUGCAGAUAGUGUCGAGUAUGUCAGUGAUGCACUAGAGCUGUGGAUGGAACUGGUGGAUCGUUACGAUCAGACAAAUGGAGCAAAAUUGUAUCAAACUCAGAAGGAAAUCAAUGAUCUCAGUCAAGGUAUUCUCGAUAUCACUACAUACUACACUUGCAUGAAGAAACUUUGGGAAGAAUUGAACAAUUUGUGUGUUUUAAGUCAAUGCAAUUGUGUGUGUAUCUGUGGAGCUAAGGCAAAUACUCAUAAGGCAGAGCAAGAUAGACGUUUAAUUCAGUUUCUCAUGGGCUUAAAUGUGGUGUAUACCACGAUUAGGGGGAGUAUUUUGAUGAUGAAUCCGUUGCCUUCUAUGGCACAAGCCUUUGCUUUGUUGAUACAAGAGGAAGAACAGAGGGAAUUCAAGCCUAACAACCAAAUGUUUGCUGAAAGUAGUUCGCUCAUUGCAAGUUCACCAGAUGUACCAGGAGGAAGAAACUUUCGAACAAACUAUUCUCCUAACACUAAUGCUCCUAGGGGCAGACCUUUUUGUGAAUUCUGUAGAAGGCCAGGUCAUGUUAAGGACAAAUGCUACAAGUUACAUGGUUAUCCAUCUGGUGGACCACCUCCAAACUCUUUAAAUUCUCAAUCCUCCAACAAUUAUGGCACAAACCAGCAUCAGAAAGCUCCUAACACUGAUUAG